UUCUAAGAUGUCAAAAAGUUUGCCGUGUGGAAUUUGGCAAUUUUCGUAGACAUUUUGAUUUAAUAGCUGCGGCGAGCCCAACAACAACAACUACCGAAAAUGCUGAACAAUUCGCUUGACCUAAGGAAACAUCUAAUUCAAUGCAAGUGACAAAAAGCAUACAAAAGCAAAAAACACAAAGCACGCAACGCCAACGCAAGCAACAACAACACAAAAAUUAAACGUCUGGCGACAGCUGCAAGAUGAAGUUGCUCGGCAAAUACGUGGACAAGGGUAUGCAGGGCAAUGUGACCCUCAUGCCGGAGGAGUCGGAAGACAUGUGGCACGCCUACAAUCUAAUUGCCGAGGGCGACAGCGUUCGUAGCACCACCAUACGCAAAGUGCAGAAUGAAACGGCCACCGGGUCGUCAACGAGCAGCCGAGUCCGCACCACGCUCACCAUUGCCGUGGAGUCGAUCGACUUUGAUACGCAGGCGUGUGUGCUGCGUUUGAAGGGGCGCAACAUCGAGGAGAAUCAAUAUGUCAAAAUGGGUGCCUAUCACACGCUCGACCUGGAGCUGAAUCGCAAAUUCGAGCUGCGCAAACCCGAAUGGGAUACCAUUGCGCUGGAGCGCAUCGAAAUGGCGUGCGAUCCCACGCAAUCGGCAGAUGUGGCCGCUGUCGUCAUGCAGGAGGGUCUGGCGAAUGUGUGCCUUAUUACGGCCAGCAUGACGCUUGUGCGCAGCAAAAUCGAGGUGUCCAUACCGCGGAAACGCAAGGGCAACGUCCAGCAGCACGAGAAGGGUCUGGCCAAGUUUUACGAGCAGGUCAUGCAGAGCAUAUUGCGUCACGUCAAUUUCGACGUGGUCAAGUGUGUGCUUAUUGCCUCGCCGGGCUUUGUGCGCGAUCAGUUCUACGACUAUAUGUUCCAGCAAGCCGUCAAAAUGGACUACAAAGUCCUGCUGGACAACAAGAGCCGAUUCAUGCUGGUUCAUGCAUCCUCCGGCUUCAAGCAUUCGCUGAAAGAGGUGCUGCAAGAUCCCGCUGUUGUUGCCAAAAUGUCCGACACAAAAGCGGCAGGCGAGGUGAAAGUCCUAGAACAGUUCUACAUGAUGCUGCAAUGUGAACCAACAAAGGCCUUCUAUGGUAAGAAGCAUGUCCUGGCCGCCGCCGAGGCGCAAUCUAUAGAAAUUUUGCUCAUUUCGGACAAUCUAUUCAGAUGCCAAGACAUUCAUCUCAGGAAAGAAUAUGUUAACUUGGUCGAAUCGGUGCGCGAUGCCGGUGGUGAGGUGAAAAUAUUCUCCAGUAUGCAUAUAUCGGGAGAACAACUCGCCCAACUGACGGGCGUUGCGGCUAUUUUGCGAUUUCCCAUGCCCGAGCUGGAGGAUAGCGAUGAUGAUGACGAUGAGGAUGGGGCAGCGGGCGGCGACAACAGCGAUAGUGAUUAACCACUAGAUCCUAAAAUCCUUAAGAUCAAAGCAAAACAACAAACACUUAGAAUUUUUGAAAAAAAAACGAUAUUUUUUUACUUACUCAAGAAGAGAAGCGGCGAACGUCAAACUCUUGCAGCAAAGUUGAAAACAUAACAAACAAUAUAUAAAAUUACUGUAUACAUACACACACACACACACACACAUUAUAUAUAUAUAGAGUAAUAGGUACUACUAUUGACAGACUUGGACUGUGUCAGGGCAUAUACAAUAUACGAGUACUAUAUAUACAUACAUAUACCAUAUACAAAUCUAGUGUGUACGAUGGGCGUCAGAUCGAUCGAGUGAUGCGUGCGUUAGUUAAAAUUACAUGAAUAACAAAUUUCGAAACAGUUUCUCAAUAGACAAGCAAUUAAUUCUAGCCUAACUUAGCCUCCCCCACUAUAACUAAUAUUAUGUGAACUAUAACUAGGCUAUGCGUAACUAGGACUUCUAACAGUCAGUGUUCAGCAAAUUGCAAUUGACACUUCCAUUUUGCCUAUAUUUAUAACAAUGGUUUCUUCUGCUUUUGCUUUUGACUGCUGUUUUUUGCUGUUGUACUAUAUGAUUGUAUAUGUAUAUGAUUUUUUAUAAAUUUUAUGUGUUCUCUUCACAAAGUGUAAACCCCAAAAUCGAUUAUUGCGAGUUCUUAUUGUUCAAAUUAUUAUUUAAGCUUUACAUAUAAAUCGAGAUUUGUGCAACGAA